UGUCUGGCUUGGCCCUGGUCCUGGUCGGGGCAAUGUCUCAGCCAACCUACACAGAAAUGGAGUCUUUCACCCACAUAUCCCAGGGCCUGUCUCACACCUCCAUCCUCCUCAUAGUGGUGGGCAUCAUCGUCUCCCUGCUGGCCUUCCUGGGUAGCAUUGGGGCGUGGUCUGACAGCCGUCUGCUCCUUGGAUUGUUCACACACUUCCUAAUGCUGAUCCUCAGCCUGCAGAUAGUGUCUGGGAUUCUCUUCUAUGUCUUCAGAAACAAGGUGGAGAGAAGGAUCACACUGAAAGUUAACGCGAAGGUUGCCAUCGAUGACCUACAACAUGCAUUCCGUUGUUGUGGUGCAGAGAACUACACUGACUGGCUCCUGCAGGGCUCUCAUGGGCAUAUUAGUUUUGUGUCACACUCCUGUUGCCAUGCGGAUUCUGUGGCCUGUGUGAAUGUCGUCACCACAGACAACAUCUACCAGAGGGUCAAUGUUAACCAGCACAGGGAAGGGCGAGGGGGUUACAAAGGACUUAGAUGA